AUGACCUACGACCAAUUCCUCAUUGUCGACUGCCCAACGGCGUACAAUGUCAUCGUUGGGCGAACGACACUCACCAGGGUCAAAGCCCACUUAUCCCCCCACGUGUUGCUGAUGAAGUUCCUUACACGCAACGGUACGGGGGUCAUCCGGGGUGACCAGCUCAGCGCCCGGACGCGCCAUCCUAAGUCGGUAGCUUGUAAGCCGCCAAUGGAAGCCAUGAUCGUGCAGGGACUACCGAAUGGUAACGGGCCCAUAGAUGACCCCAGGGAGGAAACGCCAACGCCGGUGGCACAGCCUACCGAAGAGCUCGAAACCGUGGUCCUAAACGAGGAUUUACCCGAUCGGUGGGUAAAAAUCGGCACCAACCUAGAUCCCGACCUCCGAAGACAGUUCAUCGACUUCUUAUGGCAACAGGUGGAGGUCUUCGCCUGGUUUUAUGACGAUAUGCCUGGCAUAUUACCUGACAUCAUCAGCCACAAGCUCAGCAUCUCCACCGCCCACAAACCGGUCAGACAGAAGCGCCGCUCAUACGAUGCCGAACGGUACGAGGCGAUGCGUGCCGAAGUUGACAAGCUCAAAGCCAUCGGCUUUAUCAGGGAAGCUACGUACCCUGUCUGGCUUGCCAACUCAGUCAUGGUUCGGAAGGCCAAGGGAGGAUGGCGGAUGUGUCAGGACUAUACCGACCUGAAUAAGGCUUGUCCAAAGGACAGUUUCCCCUUGCCGAGAAUCGACCAGCUCGUCGACGCUACCGCUGGACACGAGCUGCUCAGCUUCAUGGACUCCUAUUCAGGAUACAACUAG